CGGGUGUGCGUGCCUGUGUGACACACGCUCGCCUGUGCGGAGCCCCCGCUACCACCACCGCGCGCUCCAGGCCCUAAGCGGCGCGGGGGAUGAGGAGGGUUGGGGGCGGACGGCGAGGGAGGAGCUGGAAGGGGAACGGAAGGAAGAAGCAGCGGCGGCGGCAGCAGCCUAUUUGUUGUGUCCGUGGCGCGCGCCUGGCUGCAUCCGCUCCAGGCAACCUUUCUCGGCCGUCGCGCGCGCGAGGACCGGCGGAGGGAGGGGGGCGGCCGAGGGAGAGGAGGAGAGGAGCUGGGCGCUGACGUCACGCGGAGCUGUCCCUCAGCACCGGGCCGAGCCGGGCGGGCUCUGGCGGGCCGGGUUCGAGGCCGGGCCGAGCAGAUGGAAACAAUGCCAUGAGACAGCAUCCCCCGCAGGUGACGGGGAGGGAGUGGGGAGCCUGACAUUGCCCCAGGAGACCCUGAAGAGCCAUGACGUCAACGGUACAGACCCUGCGUUUCCCGCUGCUGCCGCACGUGCCAAACCAAGACGAGACAUACAACUGUGAGGAGGAGAUUGAGCGGCGCUACCAAGUGGUACCCUCGGUGGUCUGCGCCAUGUGCUGCCUCUUUGGGAUCAUCUACUGCUUCUUUGGGUACCGAUGCUUCAAGGCGGUGAUGUUCCUGACAGGACUGAUGUUUGGCUCCGUGAUCAUCUUCAUGCUGUGCUACAAAGAGCGGGUGCUGGACACCCAGCUGAGUGUUGAGGCCUCCGUGGGCAUUGGGCUGGGCAUCGGGGUGCUCUGUGGGCUGGUGACCAUGCUUGUGCGCAGUGUUGGGCUCUUCAUGGUUGGGCUGCUGCUGGGGCUGCUGCUGGCGGUGGCUGCGCUGGUGGUGAUGGAGCAGUUCUACCACCCACCUACUGUCUGGAUCCCCAUCGGUUUGCUGCUUGGCAUGGGCAUGCUGUGUGCGGUGCUCACCUUGCAGUGGCAGCGCCUCUUCACCACGCUCUCCACGGCUGUCUUCGGCAGUGCCGUCAUGACCGCCACCGCCGACUACUUUGUCGAGCUCUUCCUGCUGCUGCAGUACGUCUACGAGCGCGUCAAGGUAGCUCCUGCCCGCCCCAUCUGCUGGUACAGCUGGGUCAUCUUGGGCACUUGGCCAGUCCUGGCAUUGUUGGGCGUCCUGGUGCAGUGGAAAGUCACGGCAGAGGGAUAUUCCCACACGGAAGUGAUUAUCAGUCGGCAGCAGCGGCGUGUUCAGCUGAUGCGGAUCAAGCAACGAGAAGAGCGCAAGGAGAAAAAGAAGAAGAGGCGACCACACCCCCACCCACAUGUGCAACACAAGGCCCACCCACCGGAGCCUGCCUACCGUCGCAAGCCUAAUCCUGUGCGCCGAUUUGAUGGGGAUGUGCUCUCCCCAAGCUACAUACAGAGCUUCCGGGAGCGGCAGACGGGAUCCUCUCUCAACAGCCUUCUGGCCAACGCUCAUGCCGCCAUUGACAUUGACUAUGACUGUGGCUCCACCGUGCCCCUGACAACGGGCUCUGGCCCUGCAAUGCGGGUAUAGUGCAGCACCUCCCGCCAGGUCACAAGGACGCUGCCCUCUCAUGGUCACACAGGUCAGGCCAUGUGGGCUUAGCCUAGCGCCUGUGUUCCCGUGAGGACUUGCAGAUACUCUUUGCUGGCAUUCAUAGACCUGGCCUGGACAUGCAGUUGUAGCCCAGUUUCUCUCACACUGCAAGGAUAUGCGGAAUUCUCCCCAGUGCAACUCUGGCUCCGGCUAAGCCGCCCUGCAACAAGGGGCAAGGAAAGCGUACAUGAGCACGUGCUUGGGGCAAAGGGCUGAAGAGAGACCUGGUUGCUAACCCACCCGAGCCAGGACUGCAGAAUGCAGUGAAGGGUGGAAAGGAAAGAGCCAAUCGCCUGCAUGAAAAUGACAAGUAACUGUCAACAUUCCCCACCCACCACUGUUGGAGUGACUCAUAGAUGGAGGGGCCAACGGGGUGUUCCUGUGCUGUUGUCUUGCCACACGAUGGACCCACUCCUUGUCCUGGAGUUUUGUCUUUACCUGAACUGACCCCCUGCAAGGACUAUUUCAGGGCACAAGUGGUAGGAUUUGACUCAGUUCACUCUAGUCUGGCUGGGGCAGCCAGCUCAGGGAAAUGGGGUCCUCUGUGCCCUGGGCCCCUUGCCCAUACCAGUGCCUGGCAUACUGUUUGAAUGGGCAACUCAAGGAGGGAAGGGAGGAGGGAGGGGUGGGCAUCUGGGCCACCUGGGCUGGGCUGUCUGACUGUUGAAGUGUGCAAGUGUGAGUGUGUGAGCGUGUGUGUGUGUGUGUGGUGGAGCUGGAGCAAGUAUGGGGCAUUCGGCUGGUAUCCAGGCAAUGAGCCUUUUCGAUACCCCCCUCCUACUUCCCCUUCCCCCUGUUCCUCAUUCUGGAGUGAGGGUCAGGAUAGUCAGGGGACUGGGGGGGAUCAUCCAUGUACAUAUUCUUGUUGCAGUUAUUUGUAUUAAUUUAUUAUUGACAAAGAGCUGGGCCUGAAGAGCUCUGCUGGACCCUGGGUUGGGGGGCAGGGUCCUGCGGUCUUCUUAUCUUUCCAUUCAGGCCCAUGCCUGGGGAUGGGUGUCACCUUUUUUUACCCUACCUAGCCUCAAAGAGCUGGGGUGGGAGUGUCCCCCUGCACAGAAGCCUGUCAAAGUGUGGUGGUCCCCACAUUUGGAGCUUGUCUCGUUACCUAUCGUGUGGGAGGUGGGGGCUGUGAGUCUCUCAGUGUCUCCAUCUUUAAGGGGACAGGAGCAGGGAAGAUUCACCAUCUGUUUCAGGAUGGGAGCAAGAGAGGGUCCAGCAUAGCUCAGAAAAGCCUCUCCUUCAUGGAGAAACUGCAUGUUUCUGUCACCAAUCGCCACUGUUGUCACCACAGAAACCUUGCACUCUCGUUUUUCUUUGUUUUGUCCUCUCUUUCUCUUUCUCUUUGUAUAUGUGCCAAACGCUGCCGGGCUGCGGCUGCGCAAGUAAAAAAAAAAAAGCCUUUCAGAGUAGCCUCUCCAUGAAUGAAAUGGGCCACAAGUGUUGGACUGCGGCACAAACACUACCACACAUGCAUGAGCUUGGAUCUUGGAUAUGGGCAUGCGGCAAGCCUGGACUGGGCACAGAAGGAGAAUGAGGGUGAGGAAUGGGGUCCACAACUUGAGGCAGCAUGCGCAGCAGACCUUGAACCAGAAGAGAUCCUGAGCCGCCACUUCUUUCUGCAUGGCAGUAGCAUGGCAAACAAUGGGUCUGUGUACAUGGUGGUGGUAGGGGGGCAUGAGCAGAACCUUGUUUGGAGGAAAGAGACAAGAGGAACAGAGGUCCCACUUGCAGAAAAUUGGUCCAUCUAGCUCAGUACUGUCUGCACUGAUUAGCAGCAGCUCUCCAGAGUUUCAGGCAGGAAGUUCUUUCAAUCCUACUUGUGGACGCUAAAGCUUGAACCUGAGUCCAUCUGCACAUAGAGCAGAUGCUCUACCACUAGGCCCUUUCCCUGUGCUGUGCUGGCUGGGACUGAUGAGAGUUGUUGUCCAAAACAUGGACGGCAUUCUAUUGGGGAAGGCUGCUCCAGAGCAGGGAGGCAAAUGUUAAACCAUAGUUUUAGUUACAACCCAGACCAUCCCUUCUAUGCACCCCCAUCUGUGGGCUUUCUUCACAGCCCAUGGCCAUUCCUUCCUCGUCUUGGACUUCAGGUUUUCCCAGAGGGGUGGGGCUUAGAGAUACAUAUGCACACACCUAUCUAUGCUGCCCAUUGUAUGCGCCCUGGCACAGGGCUCUUCCCACCUCUUUCAUGAAGCCGGGUGUUGCCUCAGCCUCUCUUCUGCAAUGGGGCAUUGAGAGGAGGAAACAGCAGUUGCCUGUCACAGCAACACACCCACCUACUCGCCUGUGUUUUCUGGAUACUGUGGGGGAGCUGUCUCUGCAGUUUAAAAAGCCUUACACUGGAGCGUGCUGAAGGGUGUGCUGAGGCACAGGUGGCACCUCACCAUCCUUCUGCUUGUCUAGGCAACUGAUGAGACCUCCCGC